ACACACGCCCCUCGCCCUCACGCAGCGGCGGAGCAGCAGCAGCAGCAGCAGCAGCGAAGCGAUGAGCUAGAGCGGGGCGAACGCAGCGAGGGUGCUGCGACGGGCCCGCCGUGGCGAAUUAACUCCCCAUGUUUCUCUGUGGAGAGCCUGCGACGACUCGGGGGAGAGACGUCUCAUCGCUGUCGGCUUUCCCGCGGUCGCUGCUGAGGCUUCAGGAGCAGGAGGACGACGACGAGAACGGGAAGGAAGAGUGCAGUGGGGUGGUGUUGGCGGCUGCUGUUUCUGCUGCGAGGGGCGCAGGGCACUUUACGAGCGGCCGGAACCAGGAAAACGGCUCGGGAUUAAAUCCUAUAAGCUGUGCUGAGGGAUGGUGUAUGCCUGAAGAGAAGGCAGGGCAGAGACCGAGAAUAAACUGAGGGUGCCGGAAAGACGCACCGGGGGCACUUCUUUUGAACCUCUUUACAAAUCUUCGACCCCUUCAACAUUGGCUAGAGAAGGAAGUGACGGGGGGGCUUGCCGCUGCUGCUUAAAACAAUCCUGGGAAACUUGGGAACUACAAAAAGCAACAUCUGUCGUCCUUCUACUCGUUGGAUUUUCAUUGCCUUCACCUAUCUUCUUAUUAUUUCUUCAAGAAUAGCAAUAUACAGACAUCGCACACAGUUGCAAACUUAUCCCAGAUGGCCAAUUCCCUCAACGGCCGGAACCCAGGUGGCCGAGGUGGAAACCCUCGCAAAGGGCGUAUUCUGGGCUUCAUUGAUGCUAUUCAGGAUGCAGUUGGCCCCCCCAAGCAAGCGGCUGCUGAUCGCAGGACAGUGGAAAAAACUUGGAAGUUAAUGGAUAAAGUGGUAAGACUGUGCCAGAAUCCCAAACUUCAACUGAAAAACAGCCCACCUUAUAUACUUGACAUUUUACCAGAUACCUAUCAACAUUUACGACUAAUAUUGAGCAAGUAUGAUGACAACCAGAAACUUGUACAGCUCAGUGAAAAUGAAUAUUUUAAAAUAUAUAUUGACAGUCUCAUGAAGAAAUCAAAGCGGGCUAUAAGACUUUUUAAAGAGGGGAAAGAGAGGAUGUAUGAGGAGCAGUCACAAGACAGGCGAAACCUCACAAAGCUGUCUCUCAUAUUCAGUCAUAUGCUUGCAGAAAUUAAAGCAAUUUUCCCUAAUGGCCAGUUCCAGGGUGACAACUUUCGCAUUACAAAAGCUGAUGCUGCAGAAUUCUGGAAAAAGUUCUUCGGAGAGAAAACCAUAGUGCCUUGGAAAGUGUUCCGGCAAUGUCUUCAUGAAGUACAUCAAAUUAGUUCUGGUUUGGAAGCAAUGGCUUUGAAGUCUACCAUUGAUUUAACUUGCAAUGACUACAUAUCAGUUUUUGAAUUUGAUAUCUUCACAAGAUUGUUUCAGCCUUGGGGUUCAAUUUUGAGAAACUGGAACUUCUUAGCUGUGACACAUCCUGGAUAUAUGGCAUUUCUAACUUAUGAUGAAGUUAAAGCACGGUUACAGAAAUACAGCACCAAACCAGGAAGUUACAUUUUCAGACUAAGUUGCACUCGACUAGGGCAGUGGGCCAUUGGAUAUGUCACUGGUGAUGGAAAUAUUUUACAGACCAUACCUCACAAUAAACCCUUAUUUCAGGCUCUGAUUGAUGGAAGCCGGGAAGGAUUCUAUUUGUAUCCAGAUGGAAGAAGUUAUAAUCCUGAUCUUACAGGAUUAUGUGAACCUACUCCACAUGACCAUAUAAAAGUUACACAGGAACAAUAUGAAUUGUACUGUGAAAUGGGUUCCACAUUCCAGCUUUGUAAAAUUUGUGCAGAGAAUGACAAAGAUGUGAAGAUUGAGCCUUGUGGGCAUCUGAUGUGCACGUCUUGCCUCACAGCAUGGCAGGAGUCUGAUGGUCAGGGAUGUCCUUUCUGCCGCUGUGAAAUCAAAGGGACUGAACCAAUAAUUGUAGACCCAUUUGACCCCAGAGAUGAAAACACAAGAUGCUGCAGCAUUAUGGAUAGUUUUAGUAUACCCAUGCUUGACUUGGAUGAUGAUGAUGACAGAGAAGAAUCUUUAAUGAUGAAUCGAUUGGCUUCUGUACGAAAGUGUAAUGAAAGACAGAAUUCCCCUGUGACAUCUCCAGGAUCUUCUCCACUUGCUCAAAGGAGAAAGCCACUUCCUGAUCCCCUACAAGGGUCCCAUCUUAACCUCCCUCCAGUGCCUCCUCGACUAGAUCUAAUUCAGAAGGGAGUUGCUCGCUCCCCAUGUGCCAGCCCUACUAGUUCACCAAAGUCUUCUCCAUGUAUGAUGAGGAAGCAAGACAAGCCUCUUCCUGCACCACCACCUCCUAUUCGAGAUCCUCCUCCGCCUCCACCAGAUAGGCCUCCUCCCAUUCCACCAGAUAGUAGGUUAAGUAGACACUUGCAUCAUCCUGAAAGUGUGCCUUCCAGAGACCAGCCUGUUCCACUUGAAGCCUGGUGCCCCAGAGAAGUGUGUGGAACUAGCCAAAUAGUAGGAUGUCGAAUAUUAGGUGGUGAUGUUUCUCCCAAACCUGGACUCGCUGCAAGUUCAAAUAUGAAUGGAAGGCAUUGUUGCAUGGGUUCUGAUCCUGUGUUUCUGCGAAAACAUAGACGCCACGAUUUGCCUAUAGAAGGUGCCAAGAUAUUUUCAAAUGGCCAUCUAGGUAAUGAAGAAUAUGAUGUUCCCCCUCGACUCUCACCCCCUCUUCCAGUUGCCUCAAUUGUGCCAAAUAUGAAGUCUUCUGUUCCUGUUAUAAAUUCCCUCACUGAAAAGCCAAGGGAACGUGUAGAAGAAGAUGAGUACAGGAUUCCUUCAUCCCACCCUGUUUCUUUGAUUACACAGUCGCCACAUUGUCAUAAUAUAAAACCUCACAUUCGUGCAUGUGAGAAUGGUCAGUGCUCUGGAAUAAUUAGUGAACUGCACAAUGCUGCCUCUGAGAUGAAACGAUUGAAACAUCCAGAGAUGGGAGAUGCCUUUGAGCCUGCUGUCUCAAUACCUUUACCACCCGUGCGGCCUGCUAUGAGGGAAAAUUUGAAACAUGGCCCAGUACUCAACAGGACUCCCUCUGAUUACGACCUGCUGGUGCAUCCUCCAGGUGAAGAUGUAUCUGACAACCCACCACCUUCGCUUCCUCCUCCUUCUCCACCACCACCACCACCUCCUGCACGCCACAGCCUCAUUGAGCAAACAAAGCCACUUAUUGCAGGAAGCAGGCCAUUGUCUGGGCAUGAACUUUACCUUCCCCCUGCAGAACUUUUCUUUGAUCCUGUAAAUGGAUUAGUUCCUUUACCCCCAGUUCGAAGAUUAACUGGGGAAAAUCUCAAGACCCACAGAACAUCCCAGGACUAUGACCAGCUUCCAUCUUGUUCAGAUGGUUCACAAGCACCAGCCAGACCUCCUAAACCACUUCCUCGCAGGACUGCUCCAGAAAUACAUCAUAGGAAAGCACAUAACUCUGACACAUCUAUAGAAAGUGUUGACGCAAAAAUUGCAAAACUUAUGGGAGAAGGUUACUCCUUUGAAGAAGUUAAACGAGCACUUGAAAUAGCCCAGAAUAACCUUGAUGUAGCAAGGAGCAUUCUAAAAGAAUUUGCCUGCUUUCCGCCAUCAAUUUCCCCACGUCUCAACUUAUAGCAGUAUGGAAAACCUUGCAGCAAGCCUAUUCUUCAAGUGUGUACAUAUGAACACAAGAGAUUAUGUGCAAGUGUGAAAUGGAGUGAAGGAUAGGUAUCUUUGAAGAGCUGAGUUGCCGUGGUUUUCAACAUAAGAUAACUGCUUUGUUAAGACAAAAAUGAAUGGACUCUUCUGUAUUUUUGCUAGCCAUACUUUUUUAAAUCAGGGUUGAACUGACAAAUAUUUAAAGAAGUUUACUUCCCAUGAACUUUUAAUCUGUGAAAUGCUUUCUUCAUGUUUACAAGGUGGCAAGUGACCAUUUUCAAGAUGAUAGACAUCCUCUGUUAUUGUUCAUAUUCUGUAUUAUGUGGCAUUUCCAACUGUUUUUGUACUGACUGGUUCCAUGAGCAAAAGUCAGUUACUUUUGCUAAUAUGUGCUCUCCAUUUUUAUUUUUAUGUUCAUGAAGCUUUUACCUUUUUUGCAUUUAGGAUCAAGCAAAUACAAGAAAAAUGUGGCCUUCACUACUGAUUUUUUUUCUUGUAUACUUUUAUCUAGUUCGAGGGGAAAUUAAUGUGUAAUUAAUUAUUUUGAAAGGCAUUUUGCCCACAGCAUUGGGCAGCAUUUCUUUGACGUGUGUCCAGCAAGCUUCAAAGUCUAGAUGGCUUCAAUAAUUAAAUUAUUCAUAAGUUGCAUGAUAUAAUACAAUAUAAGCAAAAAAAUCCACAUGUGUAUGUUUAAAAUUAGCCCUUUGUUCCAUUAUGAGCUUUAAAAAGCUACCCAUGUUGUUCAUACCUUGAAUAUCAUUGGGCAUGCCAAAUAGAUUUAUCAUCUUGAAUUAUAUUCACAGUAGUCAGAUAAGUUAUACUCCUGACUUCUGGAAAGUAGGAUAUAUUUAACUUCCAGUGUGAAUUAUUAUUCUGUGAUUCACCACAGCUUUGGGGACAAAUUCAUAUUAACAGUAGAACUUUAAAUCUUGGCACUGUUGAGUCUUAAUUCUACUAUAGCUCUCCCUCUCCCUCUCCAAAGCUUCUUGUUAAUACACAUUAUUACCUUUAAUGGGUAUUCUGUGUCCAGAUAAACUGAUUGCACCAUAUCUGUAUUAUUGGAGAUAAUUUACAUCUUUUUUGCCUUGAGUUCAUAUUGGUAUCCUAGACUGUGACCUUUUAAAGCACAAGCUAAACAUAAGAUCUGCAAUUUUUCGCACAAGUUAUUCUUACAGAACUCUAGAAUAAGAAUGAAGUGUGCUUUCAUUCCCCUGACCUGGCCUGAAGUCUCGCCAUUGAAGUCUCCCCAUUUUUAUUUUUAUUUUGCAAACUCGUAUUAAUAUUCUAGACUUGUAAUUAACAGACUGCUUUCUGUACAAAGAAAAAAAGAUGAACUCUCUUCAUUGUCCUUUUGAGGUGUGAUCCACAAAUGUUGCUUGUGAGCCUUUUGUGAAGAAUGCAGCCUUGCCAGGUGAUUCAAAACUAUUGCACCCUCUGCUUGAUUUUCUGCUCAGUUGUUGUUAAUAAUAUGUCUUUACUGCCGCUCUCUGUCUAGUUCAGAGCAAAUCAAAAAAUACAGGACACAGAUACAUUAAAAAGUGCAGGCAGCAUUAAAUAAAGUGUAAGAUUUCAAUGUACCUGAUUUUGAAACCCCCACAAGAUAGGAAUCCAGUUCCUUGAGGCCAGACAUUAGAACAGAACAAGGAUACAGCAGAGUUUGUGGAUUCUACCAUCUGCCUUCUUUGGAAGGGAUCUAGCAACAUCUCAGCCCAACACUACAUGAAUCAAAUUUGAUGCUGUAAUGCAAUUUACAGUGGUCUUUAAAACAGAAUUUAUUCUGAAAGUGAACUGUAUCAUCUCAGAUCAUAUAGAUCCUUAUGAAAGAAUAGUCAUAUAACAUACCUUCAUCUAAAUCCAGUUUAUUCUAAGCAAUCACAAUUGGCUAUUUUUUCAUAAAGUUUCAGACCAAUAUAAUGUUAAGAAUUUGAUCUUUAAGCAAUCUAAUUUUGAAUGUCCUUUCAAUAUAAAACAUUUUUUAGCAUUUUGCUAAGUUAAAAGUUCUACUUUGUUAGUUAACUUCUGUUACCUGUUAAAAAUAAUUCAGGCUUUCACUUAUAAUAAAAUUUCCAGUUGCAGUAGAAGAAGAGAACAUGUUUUUUCCUGGAUUAUCAUGCAGGACUUUAGGAAAAGCACCAGUUCUCUCUUAAACUGCACAGACAUAGGACAAAGCCCAUGGUAGUAUCUUUAUAUUACUGGAAUAAUACUUGGACUAAUUCCAAUGGAUGAAGGAAUGUAUAAGAAUACUGUAUUGGAAAGUGUCAAGUUAGUUAUGCCUCAUCUAAUUUGGAUCUAACAAGGUAGGGUUCAUUUAACCAAAACACAUUGUAAAGGCAUCAUAUUCUAGUGCAAUAUGUUUAAACACAUGCUUUAUGAGGCAUCUUUAUGAAUGGAUAAAGUGAAUUUAACCACUCCUUGAUGAAAUUGUUUAUUGCACAGAAAUUAGUAAGCUUAAUGAAUGAGAAGAAACCUAUCUUUACAAAGUCUUUACAUUUCCACAGGAGAGUUUUCUCAUAAUACCAUACACCUUUUAAGCACAUAGUAUUGUGCUAAAUUGUACGCUUUCCAAGUGAAUCUCUUUCAGAAUUUGGUAGAGUACUUAACAGGUUAUAACUGUGAUCUUAUUUCUCUACUUGGGACUUAUCCAAGACCUUUCAUAAUUUCAGCAUUUUCAGCUCCUACUUGGAUCCCUUAAUGUUACCUUAUUCUAAAGCUGCUGAAUCUGAUGGUGGGACAUAUCAAUAAUGCAGAUAACAUCCAACAAUAUGUAGUGGAAACAAAAACUCAAAUCUCUUAAUUGAGCAGCCAUUUUAGUGGCUUGAUCCAGUGUCUUUAAAUAGCCACUAGUCUAAUGUCAUUUUUGUUUGUAUCAUAAGUGUGUGUCUAAGGAUUUUUCAUAAUGUGAAUUUAUUUUGUACCAGAAACAUUCUUGUAUUUUUAUUUCUCAUAUUCCCAGCUUGAAGCUUUACUUUGCACUGACCUGGUAAAUGUUUUAAUUUGUGUCUUAAAGCUUGACAAAUUUCAAAUGGACAAGUAUAUUAAAUCAGGUACUCCCUGUUGACCUGGAACAUAGUGCUUCUAGGACUGAGUUCUUGAAAUGACUGCAAUAGUUUUCAUUUUGAAGGUUUAUCUUCUAAAUAGCUAUUUUAUCUAAAAAUGCCUUUUAUAAACUGGUCUAAUGUGGCAAACAUAGUGAUGUGAUCAAUUUAUAUUUUAUUCCACAUUCUUUUUCAAUUCUGAAUAUUAUGUAACCUCAAGUUACUUUCUCUGUUCUUGUAAGGUAUUUUAUAAAAAAUGUUAACAGAAUGA